GGGGAAAAUCCGCACAAUUUACCACGCUUCAAUGGCAAUUUUUCCUGGCCUUUGUCGUUGCGUUAUUUUCGACAGCCACAGCGCAGGCACGUUGUCGCAAUCCGAAUCGUAAAAUGGGUUAUUGUGUCUCAAUUUACGAAUGCCCCAGCCUUAUUGAGGUAGUACAACGCUUCGAACUCGCUCCAACGGAUCGUGAAUUCCUACAGAAAUCUCAAUGUACCAAUGGUUAUGGGCAGCCGCCGUAUGUCUGUUGUACGCCUGAUAAAGGUUUCACUGCGUCGAAUAGUGGCUCAACAACGUCGAGUACAACAACAACACCAACAACAAGCCGCCCAUCGACUGUCAAUCCACCAGCACCAAGCAAUGGACGUGGAAAUGUGCUGCCGGUGCCGCCUGCGUGCGGUCCAAAUUCACUGGAUGAUAAAAUUUACAAUGGCAAAGACACGGCACUGGAUCAAUAUCCCUGGAUGGUGCUGCUUGAAUACGUACAGAAAAAUGGCAAACCCAUACUAAAUUGUGGCGGCAGUUUGAUAAAUCAACGCUAUGUGCUGACAGCAGGCCACUGUGUUGUGGGCGCCAUCGAAACGGAAGUUGGCCCACUGUAAGUGUAAGCGUGCUCUGGCAUACUUAAGGCAAAUAUUAC